AUGACGUCCAUCAUGUCUGUACACAGUAUCGAAGAGGACGAAAGUGACCACAACGCUGCCGUUGAGCCGUUCGAGGGGGAAGACGAAGAUGCCAACGGCGAGCCCGGACUAGACCUGCAGGGCGACAAGGAGCAAUUGAUGCAUGACGAGACAAUAGACAACUUCCUUGCACCCCUCGCCGUCAACGAUGCCCGCCUGUACCAGCUGGGAUGCCGCUUCUCCCAGCUCUACCUCGAGCUCGCGCGCACUUCUGACCAGCAAUUCUUACCCACGCCCGUUACCCGGCUGCCAAACGGCCAGGAGACGGGCCGAUACCUAGCCAUAGAUGUUGGCGGGAGCAAUCUCAGGGUCGCCUUCAUCGAACUACUCGGCGCUGCCGCCGACGACCUGGAAAACAGCAGCGCCAGCAGCAGCAGCAACGGGCAUCCGGCCAGCGAAGCCGUCUCCAACAUGGAAAAGUCACGUGAUACGCUCCGAAAGGCGCAGAGGCAUCGAGUGCGCCGGACGUUGGAGAAAGCAUGGCCGAUAGCUGAGCAUCUCAAGAUGGACAAGGCCGAAGAUCUCUUCCUAUGGAUCGGGGACUGCAUGGCCGAGGUGGUGGCGGACAGCCUAGCUACCGAUGCGGACGUCCAGGAUGCCCCUGAGGAGCUUGAGAUGGGCAUUACCUUCAGCUUUCCCAUGAUGCAAGAUUCGCUGGCAGAGGCUACGUUGAUGCCCAUGGGCAAAGGAUUCGCAAUCACAUCGGAUCUAAACCUGGGUAAGAUACUACUAGCGGGCUAUGACCGGCAUACCCGACGUCCAUACGGCUCCGACGAACCCUCUACCAAACGACGGAGGAGAUUCCCAUUGCCGAAGCUGAAAAUUGCAGCCAUCACCAACGAUACAGUUGCUACUCUCGCUUCACUUGCCUACAUGGUCAAGUCUCUACCCAACAGCCGAGUUGCCAUGGGCCUCAUCGUGGGAACAGGAUGCAAUGCCACAAUACCAAUGAAACUGACGGACCUACACGAGUCUAAGGCUAAAUGUGUCUCCGCACAGCAGCCUAAUGCAACAGAGACGGUGGUUAACACAGAGUUUACUCUUGGCGGCGCAGCUCCCCCCUUACGAGAGCUGAAGUUUACUACCAAAUGGGAUAUUCAACUCGACGAGCAGUGUGCUCGACCUGGAUUUCAACCAUUUGAGUACAUGACUGGAGGACGAUACAUUGGCGAACUGGUCAGGCUCGUCUUCUACGACUAUCUAACAUCAGUGCUCAAGCUGUCGCCCAAGUCACUACCAGCGAACCUCAUACAAGGCUACGCUCUAUCAACUAGCUACUUAUCUAACCACAUAGCCCCCACGCAUACCGAUCAGGAUCUAGUAGCAAAGCUCAAAUCUACCCUACCUCCUCCGGAAUCAAGCAGCUGGAACUGGGACAUCUAUACUGCCCGAGCAUUCCGGAAAACAGCUAGGAUAGUACAGACACGCUCUGCAGGGCUUGUUGCAGCAGCUGUUGUUGGUCUUCUAGCAUGUCAAAAGGAGAUUCAGCUACGCUCCGAUGGCGCUACCAACCCCAGACGAUCUACCAAUAUCAUAGUCCCGUCGUUUAACAAUUCAACGGAUACCAUCACAAGCGUGUAUAGACCCGCAUCUACCACGCCGCAGGACCCUUCUACCCCGGCAAUGGAUUCGCCGCCAUCUGGUUGGCAAUCUGGCCCUGAGGAGUUGGUCGUUGCUUACACCGGCGGUAUUAUCCAGCACUACCCGAAUUUCAAGGAGACAUGCCAGGGCUUCAUCGACCGUCUUGUUAUAUGGGAUGGCCCACAAGAGAGUGGUAAAUCUGUGUUUCUCCGAGAAGCUUCUGACGGAGGCAUCAUUGGUGCCGGUGUCUUGGCUGGCAUGGUAUCAAGUGCAUGA